AUGGUGCGCCUCACAUCUUCUCUUCUCCUUGCCGGUCUCGCCGUCUCCCUCCGCUUGGGCCUCCGAUGCGCCCAAGUGCAAUGCCAACCAAAAGUGUCCCGAGGAAUGGCCUUGUUGCUCCGCCUGGCGGCCCCCGAACCCGUCUGCCAGAGCAAGUCCUACAAGUGGGACAACCUCGACAAUGCCAUCCUGAGCACCAAGUAUCUCGGCGACGCCUCCAAGGAUGACUGGGUCUACAGCGGCGAUAUCAAGCUCGAGGACGGCAACCUGCUGCUCACCAUGCCCAAGAACAGUGGUGGUACCCUCGUCGCCAACAACCACUACCUCUGGUACGGAAAGAUCACCGCCAAGGUGAAGAGCAGCCGUGGUGCCGGUGUUGUCACCGGUUUUAUCCUGCUGGGAGACACCAAGGAUGAGAUUGAUUACGAAUUCGUCGGUGCCGAUCUGGCCAAUGUGCAGACCAACUACUACUUCCAGGGUGUGCUGGACUACAACAAUGGCGCCAACGCCUCCGUGCCCGGCGGCGACACCUUCGAUGAGUGGCACGAGUACACCAUCGACUGGAAGCCCGAGGCCAUCACCUGGUCCGUGGACGGUGAAGUCAAGCGCACUCUCGAGCGCUCUUCCACCUGGAACGAAACCGGUAAUCGCUACAUGUACCCCCAGACGCCCAUGCGCAUGCAGCUGUCCCUGUGGCCCGCUGGUCAGGCGAGCAACGCCGCCGGAACCGUCGCCUGGGCCGGUGGUCAGAUCGACUGGAACAGCCAGGAUAUCCAGGAGAAGGGCUACUACUACGCCACCUUUGGCGAGAUCUCCGUCGAGUGCUACGAUCCUCCCAAGUCCUCUUACUCCCUCGGAUCCAAGUCGUACAUCUUCGUUGAUGAAGAUGGUCUCGAGUCCUCCGUUCGGGUGACCGACAACAGCACCGUUCUCGCCUCUCUCGGUGCCACCGGUCUCGACAUGAACCUGGGCGGCUCCGACAGCAGUGGCAAUAGCAGCAGCAGCAGCGACAACAGCACCUCCAACUCCAUCCCUCAGACUCAUAUUGGCUCUGGCAACGCGGCCGGAAACUCGGGCAGCACCGGCAACUCGAGCUCCAGCGGCUCCAGCGGCUCCUCGGGCUUCAGCCAGGGUAACAGUGACAGCGGCAGUAACGACUCGAACGGUGCCUCUUCCCCGAACGAGCGUGUCCUGAGGGGUUCUUUCUUCGCUGUCUUGGUUGCUGUCGUGGUUUUGGUUGCUCUCUGA